AUACGCAUUUAACUGAAAAUGUCGUUACUGUCACUCCUCCCUUUUAUUUUUUGAUCCCUAGAUACACUUUUGUCAGCCUUUAUUUUAAGAAUUGCAUGUCAAAAUCGCUGAUUACUUUGCUGGUGUGGUAUUUCAAAGAGAAUAAACUUGGCCAUAUUAUAUAGGAGUUUUAUAAUGUCUGACUAACUUAAUUAAAUACCUAAUGACCAUUGUAACAAGGGGACAGGGAUUCCUAGGGGAGCCCUGUGACAACACACAAAAUAUUCCUGCUACAUCAACAGCCAAUGAACUACAAAAUGAAUCAACCGAACUUGAUUUUCCCCAUGAUAAGUUGUUAUCACUUGAUGAAAAAAUAUCAAAUGUACGCUGGGUAGUACCUGUUCUGCCAGAUCAAGAACUAGAAUGUCUGCUUAAUGCUUCUGUUGACUUGGCAAAAAAAGGUUUAGACACACAAUCAGAAGCAUGUCAAAGGUUCUUUAGAGAAGGUCUAACAAUCUCCUUUACUAAAAUAUUGACUGAUGAUGCAGUUUCAAGUUGGAAGUCUAAUAUACACUUGUGUAUUUUUCAAAAUUGCCUCAAAUUGGUAGAGUUAUGUGUUGUGAAACUUAAACAAGAUUGGUUUCCACUUUUGGAUCUGUUAGCAAUGUUAUUUAAUCCCAAUAACAAAUUUCACACUUUCAAUGCUUCAAGAGCUAGUGAAACUGCUGGCUCAAAUACAAGUUUAUCAGAAGAGGAAUUGUUUGCAAGACCCUCCAAUGAUAUUAGAAACCCUAGAGGCUGGUUAGUUGAUUUAAUAAAUAAAUUUGGUGAACUAGGAGGAUUUCAGUUGCUGUUGGAGAGAUUUCAGAGUGGAAAUUUGAGUGUUUCUGUUGUAUUUGCACUCAUUAGGCCUUUUGGGUUGUCAUACGAAUUCUUAACACCACAUACUAUCAAUAAAUAUAUACUACCUGUUUUGGAUAUGAUUCCAAAUAUAUUAGAAAAAUUGACUGACGACGAAUUGAAACGUGAAGCAAAAAGUGAGACAAAGAGUGAUAUUGUUUCGGCAAUAAUAAAAUCUUCAAAGAAUUUGGCAUCUCGUGUGCCUAAUCAAGAGGAACUGAUAAGAGUAUUGGAAAGUUUUAGGCUAAAAAUGAUACUACGUCAAUUGCAAAUAUCCAGUUUUAAUGGAAAAAUGAAUGCUCUUAAUGAAAUUAACAAAGUCAUUUCUAGUGUAGCUUAUUACCCCAAUAGGCACCAUGGUAUGGAGGAGGAAGAGUACUUAACGCCAGAAAGAAUGGCGAAAUGGCUCAAAGAAAACCAAGUGCUAGAAAUAGUAUUAAGAGACUCGUUACACCAGCCCCAGUAUGUAGAAAAAUUAGAAAAAAUCCUCAGGUUUGUAAUCAAAGAACACGCCUUAACUCUGUCUGACUUGGAUGCCAUUUGGUCGGCGCAAGUGGGCAAACACGAGGCUAUAGUCAAAAACGUUCACGACCUCCUAGCAAAACUGGCAUGGGACUUUAGCCCUGAACAGUUAGAUCACUUAUUUGAAUGCUUUCAAAGCAGUUGGACAUCAGCAUCGAAAAGGCAGCGAGAAAGACUCCUGGAACUUAUUCGACGUCUUGCCGAAGACGACAAAGAAGGUGUCAUGGCUCACAAAGUCCUGACAUUGUUUUGGAACUUGGCCCAUUCUGAAGAAGUGCCCACAGAGAUUAUGGACCAGGCUUUAGCUGCCCAUGUUAAAAUUUUAGAUUACAGUUGUUCCCAAGAAAGGGACGCUCAGAAAACUGUGUGGCUCGAUAAAUGCGUAGACGAAUUGAAACAGGGUGAUUCUUGGGCUUUGCCUGCCUUAAAACAGAUUAGGGAAAUAUCGUGCCUAUACGAGCCCAAUGUGAAUGGAAUACAUACCCAGAGAACCAACCACACCUUUUACAGGCAGGAGGUCAUCGAACGAUUGCAGACGCAACAUUCGUUAGUUAUUUUAGUAACCAAUAGUUUGACUAAUUACAUGGAGCGACUAAGGGUGCUGGCGAAAGAACAUCCCGAAAUUAAUCCCGAAACUUACCUGCCUGAUGGGAGAUACAAUCACAAUUUACAGGUCCAGGAAAGACUGAAUUUUCUUAGGUUUCUUUUGAGAGAUGGUCAAUUGUGGUUAUGCGCUGAACAAGCGAAGCAGAUAUGGAAUUGUCUUACAGAAAAUGCAGUAUUCCCUUCAGAUCGCGAGGCAUGUUUUCGUUGGUUCUCCAAACUAAUGGGCGAAGAGCCUGAUUUAGAUCCCGGAAUAAACAAGGACUUCUUCGAGAACAACAUCCUCCAGCUUGACCCUGUUCUCUUAACCGAAAGCGGCAUCAAGUGCUUCGAACGUUUCUUUAAAGCAGUCAACGUCAAAGAAGACAAACUGAAACCGAAACGACGUGUUCUCCUUACCGAAGACCCCGAUCUUAUAGGUCUUGAUUAUCUUUGGAAAGUUGUUACUUUGUGCACUGACGAGGUGGCAGCUCGAGCUAUUGAACUAUUACGCGAAGUAACGACCAAUUUAGGACCUAGUUUGCAAGCUACACAGCUGGAAUUUCACGAACAGUUCAUUACUGAGUGUUUCAAUAGACUCAGGGCUUACUAUGAUACUGUGAUGGCACUGCAACAGUCCUCAGUAGAUAAAGAGUUUGAAACCAAACAAAUACACAAUAGAAUAAAAUCGGAAGCUGUGAAGAUGUGUCGAGUCCUUAGGGUACUUUAUGAAUAUAUAAACGAAUGUGACAGCGCCUUUAUGGGCGAGAGGAGAAUACUGCCCUUGCACAGGGCUUGCAGGGGAAAGCAUAUGACGUUAAUAAUUAGGUUUUCUAGUCCCAGCAGGCAGGUGGAUGACCUGGAAAUCUUUACGCACUCUAAUGAAACGUUAGCCUCACUGAGAAGACACAUAUUAAGAAAGAUUAAGCCCGGAGUGCACUGUAAAUUAGAGUUGUUUGUAAAUGGAGAGCCAUUAGACUCUGGUGAUGACAGAAAAUUAUUAUCACAAAUUCCAUUGCGAGAUAAAAUGCUUAUUUCCGCUAAAGUGUCCCACAUCAACUCGAAUAUCGCAUCAUCGCAAGACAGCAGUUCUGACAGUUCAACGUCAUCUCCGCAACACCCUUACGACGGCCCCAACAUUGAGGCAGAGAAUUUAUUACCAGGGGUUCUUAUGUCAAUGCAAACACCUUACGCCUAUUUCUUCUGUCAAUUGGCAGCGUUGGGCAGUGCCAUGGACUAUCCUCCACUUCGUGACGGUGCACGACUCCUUCUUCAAAUUAUGCCCUGUGACAACAGAACCAUUCAAAAGUUGCUCCUACUUUUCAACGGUAGCAAAGAUCCAGAGGUUUCAAUUGAAAGCACAUUUUUCCGCGCGUCACCUGCAGAAGUCUUGUACAACCUUGAAGUGCUCUAUGUACUUCUCAUGCCUGCCCAAGAACCUCUUUCAGAUAAAUCAUACGAAUUCCAAUACAGCUUCAUAAUUUCUGGCGAGGCUCAUACCUUUUUAGAUUUCUUAAUCAAAAACAAUUUUAUGAGCAACGCAGAUAUUGUUACGUUACGUUCGGCCUUCUUAAUUGUUCUUAAAAUUUGUAAAUUAAUCCUGACCUCGGUAGCGCACGUUCUGGUCCGUCUCAGUGAAGAUCACACACCUCCCGAAACGGAAAACAGGAACGAUAACGUAAUGACGCCUGGGAUGUAUUUGAAGCAAGCUCUGAGGUCCGUUCCAGGUCACUCGGACAACAUUCUUCGUCAAGUAUCGAUGAAGUUGUCCCAAGGACUUGCAGACUUGAUGCUGUCUGAAACUAACACAAGUCACACACAAGCUCUAUUUAAUCAGGCACUAAACUGGGAAUUUCCAGAUACAAAUGUUGUAUUGGCAAUAAUGAGACUUGUUUGGGCUGCAAGUAGUGCUAAUUUACAUGCUCGGGAUGCUGGUCAUGAAACGUUGCAUUCUUUGUGCAAUCCAGCUAAACGAAAUGCCCCUUUGGAACUUCACUCUGAUGAUGCUCUUCUGUGCAAAGAAGCUUUGGAAUUAUUUAGUAUCGCCUUGGUUUUGAACCCGAGCAGUUUAGAACACCUUUGUCGCGAGAAGAUGUUCCUUGACUUCCUUACAGACCUAGUGCUCUUUAAUCCCAGCAGUGCAGUGCGGAUAUCCGCUGCCGAGCAAUUCCUAGUUAUCUGUACAUGCGGAGCUGCGAGUAAACUAGCUCUUCAGCUCGUAACUCCCUUUCUUUUCUCUCUAUUAGAUACUUUGGUUGUGGAAAACACACAAACGUCACAUGAAUUCUUUCAAUUGCUCUGCCGUCUUGUUAAUUUCUCUUACAUGGCUCACGUGCCCCUUCCUGCCAUAGAAAACCUGGUGGCCCGCGAGGUUGCUUGGCUAAGAAAGGCUAGAAAUCAACACGAUGUUCUUUUGGAAGGUCAUUUAAGUUUGGGAAGGGAAUUAUUGAGUUUUAUGACUACAGAGCAAAAGUGCGAAUUGGGAAGUUCGGAUACCGGAAGUUUCAUAAAGGAGUUGCUCGAAGACUUCCUGUUUCCUGCAAGUAAACUCAUGUUACAGUUAGGUCGAACUGGACAAUUGGGAGAGGACCCUGCGACUCCUAUCUGCGAUACCCCCCAAACUCAGGCUGCCGCAUUUGAACUACUCUGCUCCCUUUGUGUAACCUGCGUGAUGAAUUGUAAACAGUUGGUGGCAAUGCUCAAUGACAUGUUCUAUUCAGACCCUGAUAGUGCCAUAGUCGAGUGGGACUAUUUUCCAGCGGUAGGGCCGCGCCCCUUCCAGGGCUUUGUAGGUUUGAAGAACGCCGGAGCCACUUGCUAUAUGAACUCGGUCCUGCAGCAGCUUUACAUGGUGGAAAGUAUACGAGAAGGACUUUUAGCGGCCGAGGGAGCUGCAACUGAUCCUAACGAAGAUUUCAGCGGAGAGGACAGGCUUGACAUUGAUUCCGAAUGCUGUUGCGAUGACCGUAUAGGUCCUGAUAACAACAGGAAAGACUACAAUGUAGGCAUUCUCAAGCAAGUUCAAGCUAUUUUUGGACACUUAGCCUACUCAAGACUGCAAUAUUAUGUCCCCAAGGGUCUUUGGAAGCAUUUCAAAUUACAAGGUGAACCCGUAAAUUUAAGGGAGCAACAGGAUGCAGUAGAAUUUUUCAUGUCGCUUGUAGAAAGUCUGGAUGAGGCCUUAAAAACUUUAGGCCAUGAACAGAUCAUGUCGAAAAUCCUCGGUGGCUCUUAUUCAGAUCAGAAGAUAUGCAGAGGCUGUCCCCAUAGAUAUUCUAAAGAAGAGCCCUUUAGUGUUAUCAGUGUUGACAUAAGAAAUCAUAGUUCCCUACAGGAUUCAAUGGAGCAAUAUGUGAAGGGUGAAUUGCUAGAGGGUGCCGAUGCGUACUAUUGCGAAAAAUGUGCGAAAAAAGUAGUGACAGUUAAACGUUUGUGCGUGAAAAAGUUGCCUCCUAUAUUGACGAUCCAGUUGAAACGGUUUGAGUACGACUACGAACGCGUGUGUGCCAUCAAAUUCAACGACUAUUUCGAAUUCCCACGUGACCUGGACAUGGAACCGUACACGGUCUCAGGAUUGGCUAAGUUGGAGGGCGAAAUUGUUGACUGUGAUCUAGACACCAGUACUACUGACCCCUGCACGAAAUAUAGACUUUCCGGAAUUGUAGUGCAUUCAGGACAAGCUUCAGGUGGCCAUUAUUACUCUUACAUAAGAAACUGUGAUCCAAGUGGUAAAAUUCGUUGGUACAAGUUCGACGAUGGCGACGUUUCAGAAUGUCGAAUGGGGGAAGAUGAGGAGAUGAAAAUUCAAUGCUUUGGAGGCGAUUAUAUGGGCGAAGUGUUUGACCCGAUGCUUAAACGCACAACGUAUCGUCGCCAAAAAAGGUGGUGGAACGCGUACAUGCUGUUCUACACUCGCAUGGAUGUGGAAGAACAAACGUUCCUAAAAUCUAUAGAAAUGCUCAGUCUGUCCGGUAAAAAGGAGAAAUAUGUGAAGAUGCCGCUUGCCAUUGAGAACAGCAUAAGAAAACAGAACAUCAAGUUCUUGCAUCAUCGUAGUCAAUUUUCAAUAGAGUAUUUUUCGUUUAUUAGGAAACUCAUGACUUGCACGACUCCAACAAGUUCUAGGGCCAAUAUCAACACAGAAUCGGAACAAUUAUCUUUACUGUGCACUCAACUAGCAAGCAAAUUUCUAUUCCAUUCCGGAUGGCACACGAAGAAAAAUCUACGAGGUCCUGCAAUUGAAUGGUGCGAUAUAUUAUGUUUGCACCUACGUGCAUCUCCCAUAACGCGUUCGUGGUUCGCACACGAAAUGCUGUUUAGCCAUCCCCAUCGUUUCUGUGAGUACCUCCUGAGUUGCCCAAGUAACGAGAUUCGGUCGGCCUUCACCAAAAUCAUCGUCCUUUUGGCACAUUUCUCAAACAACGACGGUCCUUGUGCGCCCCCACCCGGUUUCAACAACCCCGACCCAUCGGCCACACUCAGCGAUCACUUGUUGCUCGCCCUCCUCAGUCUUUUACAACGUGAAGUCAGCGAAAAUGGACGACACUUACCCCAUUACUGUAAUGUGUUUCAUAUGUAUGCUAGUCAAGGUAUCCAUGAAAAGACACAAUUAUUGAAGAUGAACGUGCCUGCUACGUUUAUGCUGGUGGCGAUGGAUGAAGGCCCGGGCCCAGCCAUAAAAUACCAGUACAUAGAAUUAGGAAAAUUGCACCAGCUGGUUUCUUGUCUUGUACGCUGUUGCGACGUGUCUUCGAAAUGCCAAUCUAGCACUGGUAAUCCAGUGCUGCCUAAUCCCUACAGGGAACCUACUAUCCCGGACUACAUUAUGCCCCUGCAUCCUCAGGCCAUGGAAAUACUGUUUGGAAGGUCGAUUUACAUAAAAAAAGUAAUUGAGGACACAAAUAUUUCGGAGGACGCUAUUAAACUGCUCCAGUUCUGCUGUUGGGAGAACCCGCAUUUCUCGCGCAUAAUUCUCUCAGAGCUUUUAUGGCAAAUAGCGUUCGCGUACUGUCAAGAGCUCAGGCACCAUAUGGAACUCCUGUUGUCGAUCCUGUUGAUCGAAGACUCGUGGCAAACGCACCGAAUCCACAAUGCGAUCAAGGGUGUGCCGGAAGAACGCGAAGGCCUCCUCGAAACGAUUGCUCGUUCCAAAAAUCACUACCAAAAACGAGCGUACCAGUGCAUUAAGUGCAUGGUGGCGUUGUUCAGUAAAUGUCGCCCGGCGUUAGCCAUGUUACACGGUCACGCGGACUUGCGUAGACAAUGGACGCAGGCAGUGGCCUGGUUGCAGGACGAACUCGAGCGCCGUUAUCCUGCCAAUUCGCAGUAUUCGUACAACACGUGGUCACCCCCCGCUCCAAGCAAUGACAAUUCGAACGGCUACUUCCUAGAGAGGUCGAACAGCGCAAGAAAAACAUUUGAACGCGCCAUCGAACUGAUGCCCGAACCGGACAGGGAGGAGGAGGAUGCAAGUGAAGAACAAGAGAGUCAAGAGGAAAUCACAGAAGCCUCUCAGGGUGAUGAGAAUAAUAAAACGGAAAUGCCGGAUGUGACGCAAAGUUGCGAAGGAAGCAAUCCCCCAUCUCAACAACAACAACAACAACAGCAACACAAUUCGUAAACCAAGGUUUCUUCCUUCAUCCUCCCCCUCAUCCCUCCCGUGGUUGUUUUUGCCGCCGCCGCUGCUGCUGCGUUAUAAUAAUAGACACAAGCUGCUAGUUGUAUUACCUAUAUAAUUACUAUUAUUAUUAUAUAAAUUUUUUAUUUUAACGGAGGACAUGUGAUAUGGAUGUACAUAAUGCAUUUUUUGUAUCUAGACUAAACGCAUUUGCUAUUAAUUGUUAUUAACGUUCCUUCUCUUUCGAAUGAUUGAUUGGUUACAUUAUCUCUCUCUUAUCACCACCAAUCGACCACCCAGGCAAGAGCAACUCUUAUUUGCAAUAACGGGUUAUAAGUGCAUACCACCGAGCCUAUUUGCAAUUAGUAAUGCAUUACUAAUUAUUACAUACUAUUAUUAACUCUGUAUUAAUUAAUCACUCUACGAACGACUAUCAUAAUUGUCAUUAUUAUUAUUAUUAUUUACACUUAUUGGUGGUAAGACUAGCAAAUUUACUAUACAAACUGUAAUAUACCUUUUAUUUUAGUUUAUUAUUGUUUAAGUAUUUAUUUUGAUAAUUAAUUAAGAGAUACCUCUGCGCCUAGAUCGAAAGAAAAAUCAAAAACGAAAAUGUGGUAAACGCGAAUAUCAUUCGACUUAAUUUUUAAAUGAACUAUUACUAAUAUAUUUAUUAUUUUUUCUUUCUUGUCUAUUUUUAAAUUAUUAAUUUGUUGUCACCUGAAUUUGAAAACAAUAAAUAUGUUCGAUUGUCAACUUAAAUAAUUUAAAUCUCUCCUUUAUAUACAUACGUACAUAUGCAGGGUGGUUUUUGAAUAACAAAUUAACAGCAAUGGAACUUUAUGUAACUUUGUAAUUCACGUAAGUUACAAAAAAGAAGAAUUGAAGACAAUAAGUGCGUGUUGGGUCUUCACAUGUGUUAUAAUUAAAGAAUCACCCCGUAUAUUGCUUCUGCUUCCGUUGAAAAUUGUUUUUGCGUGUGAUAGUCUGUGUUAAGAUGUGAUUGUUUUGCCUUUUUUUUUAAACCAUUAUUAAUCACAUCUUAACAACUUUUAAUGAGUUAUAUAAUUUAUAAAUAAAUCUGUAGUUCAUAAAACCAAAAUGAAACGGUUGAGGAGAUCUGGGGAUAAAACAUUUAAAUUGUAAUAUAUUGUAUUAAUUAUUAUGCGUUAUUUUUUGUGACUGUUUUUUUUUGGGCCUUUAGCAUUAGUUGUGUGCACCAAUGUAAAAUCGUUUAUUAUCGCUAUUACAAUGAUUAUUAUUAU